AUGGCACUGCAUUUGGGAAUCUUUCUGAUUUGGGCUGGCACCUGUGUCUUUUUACAGCUGGACCAUGUGGAUGGAGAUAAUAAAUGUGUUUUCCCAUUCAUUUAUGGAGGCAAAAGGUAUUUUGAUUGCAUUAAGACGGAUUCCCUAUACAACUGGUGUUCUCUAACUGGAAAUUAUUCGGGGAGAUGCAAAUAUUGUGUUAAGGAAGACUAUGCCCCAUGUGUCUUUCCCUUUAUCUAUCGUAACCAAACAUAUGACAAAUGCACAAGUUUUGGGAGUAAGUUUUGGAGAUUUUGGUGCUCACUCACUCCUAACUAUGACCAUGAUGGAACAUGGAGAUAUUGUUACUGUACAGUGCAUCUAACCCAUGGCCAUGGAUGCAAUCAAGCCUUUGAAACCUAAGUGAAGAAAAUCAAGAAAUCUCAAGCAUGAAGGUGAUGCUCUGCACGACAGAGGUGAAAUCCUU